AUGGAACGGGCCGUCGAUAAACCAAAAGUGCUCUUCAGUUACAUCAACAGCAGGUUAAAGAACAAGGAGACGGUCUUAGUGUUGAAAGGAGAAAACAAUGAGGAUAUAAUCGAAAAUGACGCUAAGGCAGAAAAUCUAAGCCGGUUAUUCGUAUCUGUUUUCACCGAGGAAACGGACUUUGACGAGGCUGGAUUGCCUGCUGGGACAACCAGCGAAAUAACAGAAAACAUCGACUUCACAGAAGAAGAUGUGAGGAAGGAACUUCUAGCGCUUAAGGAGGGUAAGUCUCCGGGUCCCGACCAAAUUCCAGCAAACGUUCUGAAGGAGUUGGCUUGCGAACUCGCCAGACUGCUUUUGCACAUCUUCAGGUCGUUCUUUGACCGGGGCAUUCUCCCCUCUGAUUGGAAAGUGGCGAGCAUAUACCCCAUUCACAAGGGUGGAUCUAGAACAAGUACAAACAAUUAUCGGCCGGUGAGCCUAACGUGCAUUUAUUGCAAAGUCAUGGAGAGAAUAGUCAAAAAAUCCAUAAUGAAGUUCCUUGAAGAAAAUAAUUUCAUUGCUAGUUCCCAACAUGGCUUUCGACGAAAUCACUCCUACGUAACUAAUAUGCUUUAUUCAACGGAACAGUGGUCUCGCUCGUUAGACACAGGAACAAAGGUUGAUAUCGUUUACAUCGAUUUCAAGAAAGUCUUUGAUAGUGUUCCACACCACCGGUUACUUUACAAAGUCCGAGGGUCAUGGAUAAGGGGAAACCUAUUAAACUGGGCAAAAGACUUUCUGACUGGUCGAUUACAAUCUGUGUGGAUUGGUAGUGCGAAAUCAACGCCAGUUCCAGUUGUGAGUGAAGUUCCCCAGGGCUCUGUACUCGGACCAGUACUAUUUUUAAUUUAUGUCAACGACUGUAUGAAUUGACUGGACUGCAAUGGAGUCAUGUUUGCCGAUGACAUCAACUUAUGGCGAGCGAUCAACGGGGAAAAUGAUGAACGGGCCCUGCAAGAAGGACUGAAGCGCCUAUGCGAAUGGUCUGAUAAAUGGCAGUUGAAGUUUAACCUUGAGAAGUGCGUCGCUUUGCGACUCAAAACAGCUGGAAGAGCCGACGGAGAGGAUCACCAAUAUCUGCUUGGUGGAAGGUGCCUUUCAAAUGUGACCGAACAAAAAGAUCUUGGGAUCAACAUUUUUUCGACUCUUAAGCAUUCCUCUCAGUGCGUUAGGGCGGCCGAAACGGUAACCAGUGUUCUCCUUGCCAUUAAACGAACUUUCGUAGACAUGGACAAAGAGUUAUUUAGAAAAGUAUACGGAGCGUUCAUUCGUUUGUACCUGGAAUAUGGAAUUCAAGCGUGGCGCCCGUGGCUAGAAAAGACUAUGAAUUGCUAGAAAGAGUGCAUAGGAGAGCGACAAAAAUUGUGAAAGGCCUCAGGACUUUACCUUACAACUGCCGACUUAGUGAACUUAAACUCUUUCCUCUUGAGUACAGGCAGGUUCGAGGUGAUCUCAUACAGGCGUAUCGGAUAAUGAGGAACUGGGACUGUGCCUACACCUGGACGAUUUCUUCCCCCUGGCCACAACAACAAACCUGCGUGGGAACUCCCUAAAACUCAGAGGAUCCCGAUGCCGCCUGGACGUCCGAAGAUACUGUUUUUCACAGCGAGUCGUUGGUGCCUGGAACGGGCUUCCCGAGGACGUAAUAAUGGCGAAUACCACGGAGAUGUUCAAGCAAAGACUAGAGGUAUAUUUGCUUGGACGAUGCCGUUUGUCUGGACAGAACAGCUCAGUGGUGCCAAACCAACGCCUUGCAUACACCUACCGUUAAUGCGGAUGACUAUAAUUCCAUUUUACCGAUAUCAUCUACAACUGAAUGUGUUUGAGUUUCGGUCCUGCAUUUUCAAUGGAAAAUAUUCUGUUAUGUGUUUAUAUUACUGACAACAUUUGAGUACCGUGUUUAUUUAAUGUGCAUAUUGCAUGCACAUAGGGGAAUUCCAGUUUCUUUAAGAAAUGUUUUCCUCCACAAUCGCCUUUCAAUGCGUCCAACACCAUGGCCCCAAAUAUGACGUGUUUCCAACUACCCCCCAGAUAUCACAUCAAAGAGGUUGAGCCGAAUAUGCCGACAUUGCCGUCUUUGAAUAGGAUCCCUGUCUCAACGGAAGUAGUGCGCCCCCCAUCUCCCCAACGUGUUUCCUCCACGGCCAUUUCAGCAAUGCAUUCCCCAUGCUAAUGUCCAUACAGGGUCAGUUAACUCUCCUCUUCCUCAAUUUUGCUCCGGCGGGAAUACUUUGCAGUAUCGGGCCCUUGGAUUUCCAGCAGAACAUCAGCCAGCUAACAAUAGUAAUUUCCCUGCCCGUCAUUUCCUCCCCCAAAUCGUACUCCCCUUUGUCCACGUCAGGGUCUUCUGAUGCCGAAAAACUUCCGCAGAACUGGACAGGCGCAUCCGGACCAUUUGUUCCGUGAGCAACCAAUCACUGGAAGACGUAGCUUCCCUUCCCCAGAAACAAACAAUCUUUCUCCUCAAACUUUUUGUUCUUAAUGUAAGAACUUUCCUAAAUAAGAUACCUUCGCUUCAGAAUCUGGUGUUCGCCCAUUGCCCAGAUAUUAUUUUAGCAAAUGAGACAUGGGCAUCAGCUUCCGUAAAUGACCUUGAAAUCCUUCUUCUAGGCUAUACUUAUAUUCGAAAUGAUCGUCAAGAGAGCCGUGGUGGGGACAGUUGCAUCUAUGUUAAGCAAACACUUUCAUUUCUGCAGCUUGACAUCCUGCAUUUUCCCGCUGUAGAAGGCAGGUACUGGCUCCAAGUUGCACUGAAAAAUCAGUUCUCUUUACUCGUUGGCUGUGUCUAUCGCCCUCUAAACGCCAAUGACAACUUAGAUCGCAUACUCUCACUGGCCUUUCAUGCUGCGGCCGACUUAGGCUCUAAGUAUCAAUUGGUUGCGGAUGACUUAGAACUUCCCAAAGUCCGCUGGUCUCCGCCUUCCGACCCCAGAAUGUUCGAUGAAUUUCUUGAGGCUGUGGAUGUUGGGAUGUAG